AUGAGUAACUCAAGAAGUGGCCAUGAUAUUUCGACAUCGGAAUCAUCGAAAACAACUGAUGUUACAAAACAUCACACAUUGGUUGAAGUUGAAUUGAGACAUAACAGAUGGAAAGGAGUGUGCGAAACAUGCGAAAAAUAUGAACGCAUCAAGCCAAUAUGGUCUCUGUCGUUUGCCACUAAAGAUGAUCAUUCGAAUAGUCUUGAUACUUUCUCGUUGGACUUUGAAAAGAAACUUCAUACAUGA